AACCGCCCUCAUUCCAAACCCUAGCCGUCGCCAGCCUUGGAGCUCUCGGACACGGCGGCUCCUCCUCCACUCCCCCUCGACUCCUCCUCCAUCCCCGACGCGACGGCUCCAUCCCCGACGCUGAGCUCCAUGUCUUCCCUCACCUCGGUCCUAGACUCCCAGGUGAAAACUUCAGACUCUGACCCUGUCCCCAUAACGUGUGCCUCCUGCCCUCCUCGCAGAUCUGCUUGUCCGCCGGCGGCGGCUACCACUCGCCAGCAAGCCAUCUCCUGGAGCUGGAGGGGUCUGCUUCCUCCUUGACUGCCCAUCGACAUCUUCGCCCUCGUGGCCUUCGCGUCGGUGCCCCUCGCCUGUGAUGCAGGGGUCUCAUCCAUGUGGUGCCACACUACUGGUUGCCAACGACCGGGAAGGAAGGUGGUGUGGAUGCCGUGCUCGUGUCUUCCUCUACAGGGAUGCUCAGAUUCCCCUUCCUCACUGGGCUCCUUAGAUUCGCCAACACGAAGAUAUCAAAUGCAGAGUUUACAUUUUCACCGUGGACACCUUUUCCUACCAAGAGGUUAUUACCAAGAAUCCUCAAUCCAAAUCCAAGGCGUUCAGCAUCAUAGCAAUAUUUCAAUAGUUAAUAAUUUUUAUAAAAGAAAUCAAUUGUGUUUCUACCUUUGAAGGUUCAAAUUUUACUGCAAAA